GGGAAGUCUGAAGCCGGCAAACAUGGCCGCCAUCUACUGCCUCAACCGGGCUGCGACUGCCCUGGCAGCGUUGUGGCUGUUGUUCUUCGGCAGCUUGGCAGCUAGUCAAAUCGAGAAUCAAACAGAACAAUUCUUUAGAAGUGGCCAUACCAACAACUGGGCUGUUUUGGUGUGUACAUCCCGAUUCUGGUUUAAUUAUCGACAUGUUGCAAAUACUCUUUCCGUUUAUAGAAGUGUCAAACGACUAGGUAUUCCUGACAGUCACAUUGUCCUAAUGCUUGCAGAUGAUAUGGCAUGUAAUCCUAGAAACCCCAAACCAGCAACAGUGUUUAGUCACAAGAACAUGGAACUAAAUGUGUAUGGAGAUGACGUGGAAGUGGAUUACAGAAGCUAUGAGGUAACCGUGGAGAAUUUUUUACGGGUGUUAACUGGCAGGAUCCCACCAAGUACUCCUAGAUCAAAACGUCUUCUUUCUGAUGAUAGAAGCAAUAUUCUUAUUUAUAUGACAGGACAUGGUGGAAAUGGUUUCUUGAAAUUUCAAGAUUCUGAAGAAAUUACCAACAUAGAACUUGCAGAUGCUUUUGAACAAAUGUGGCAGAAAAGACGGUACAAUGAGCUACUGUUUAUUAUUGACACUUGUCAAGGAGCGUCCAUGUAUGAGCGAUUUUAUUCUCCCAACAUAAUGGCUCUAGCGAGUAGCCAAGUGGGAGAAGAUUCACUCUCGCAUCAACCUGAUCCUGCAAUCGGAGUCCAUCUUAUGGAUAGAUACACAUUUUAUGUCUUGGAAUUUCUGGAAGAAAUUAAUCCAGCUAGUCAAACGAAUAUGAAUGACCUUUUUCAGGUAUGUCCUAAAAGUUUGUGUGUGUCUACUCCUGGACAUCGCACUGAUCUUUUUCAGAGGGAUCCUAAAAAUGUCCUGAUAACUGAUUUCUUUGGAAGUGUACGGAAAGUAGAAAUUACAACAGAGACUAUGAAUUUACAACAGUAUUCAGAAAUCGUGGAAAGCGGCUAUAAGAAUGUUGGGAAGGAUGAGGAACUAAUAGAGCCUCUGAAAUACGCCGAGCAACUUCCUGUAGCGCAGAUAAUACACCAGCAUCUUUCCUUGUACCAGGUUUGCCUAUACUAUGCAUCUGAAUGGAUGGAUUUGUAUUUUUAAUGCUAUUUUGGAAGGCAAGACCACCUCCUUUCCCUGCCACCCAGUCAUCAGAACACAGGGAUUCUCAUUGGUAGACAAUUUGGAAACUGCAGGAGAGAUAGUAGCAUUUUGAGGAGUAUUGGGCAGAGGCUAAAAUAUGAGGAACAACUUGAGCAAUAAAAAAGAGAGGAAUGAGGCUAAGUCAUUUGAGUAAUUCGUUCUUGUGUGUGAUAUUUAAACUCCUUUUUAUAGUCAGUACCUAGUUAGAAUGACAUGAUUGCCAUUUUAUUUGGCCAGAUUAUUUACCAUUUUUCAGCAGUCCUAGCAAAACAUGAUUGUAAAUCUAGGUAGGAGACUCAAGUUAUAAACAAUAAAGUUAAUAAGAUAAUCUGGUAAAAUAAUCAGACAUAGCUAAAUAAAAUCAAUAGCUUCUCUAUAUUUGUAAUAAAAAACACACAGAUGUGGAAAUGGCAAAAAAUUUCGUCCAAGAAUGAGAAGGACUAUAAAAUAAUUAUAAUUAAAUUUAACAAGUAAGCCAUAGAACCUAUGUAAUAUAUAUACAUUAUAUAUUUAUUAUUAUUUAAUAAUAAGAACCAUAGAAAUGUACCAUGUUUCAGAAACUGAAAGACAUGCCAAGUACUUGAUAGUGGACAGGGAGAAACAAUAUUAUAAAAGUAUAAAUCGACCUAAUCAGAAAUUCUAAUUUUAAUGGAAGUAAGUUUUUUUUAAUAUUAGGAAAAAAUAACUACGUGAUUGAUAUGUCUGAGAGUAGCCAAAUAGUGUAUGUAAAAGAGACACUUGCCCUACUGAAUAUCAGAAUAUUAGCUUAAAGCAACUCUAAUCAGGUGAAUAUAGUGUGGACAAAUGGAUCAGUGGGCUACAAUGGAGGAGCAAAAUUUUAAACUUCAUGGAUUCUAAUUCAUAGUCUGAUUCACAGUAAGACAUACAUGUUACUACAAAAUGACCCUUGAUGUGUGCAUUAUAAGAUAGAAGUUUUUAUGAUUCAUUUAUGCUCAUUAGAUAUGAUACACUUUCUUUUUCUAUUCUAUUUCAUAUUUUUUAAAAUACUAAGUAAGUCCUACUGAAUUAUUUUACAAGCAACAGAUAGUCCUGACCUAUAGUUCAAAUAACAUUAGAAUCUUGGAGAAUCCUGAAAAAUUUUGUAUUAUAUUUGAUAAUAUAUGAUAAAAAAGAUGUUUUACCAGGAAAACAGUUAAACCUCUAAGUCAUGAAUGAAAUAAUUUUGUAUAGAUUAAAGAUUUAAUGUAAAAUAAAUAAGUAUAAAUCUUAUAACAACUUACAGGCAACUACAUAUAUAAUCUGAAAGUGGGCAAGAACUUUUUAUUGAACACUGAAACCCUAAAGAUACAUUGAGCUCCAUAUAAAUGGAGUAUUUUAUACGAUACAAGGUACCACAAAGUGAAGAGACAAAUGUUAGAAUUGAGACAAGUAUGUUUACAAAGAAGGCAGCAAUAAGUUGCCUAAUCUAUGUAAUGUACAGAGAACUUUUGGAACUUUAUAAGAGGCAAACAAAACAACCUAGUAGAAAAAAAUAUAAAAGAGAUGAAAAGCAAUUUAGAAGAUAAAAACCGAAAUGGCCAGUGAUGAAAGAAAAGAGUCUCAAACUCAGUAAGGAAUGAUACAUUUCAAAUUCAACGAAAUUAUCUAGUGCUCGUCAAAUCGCCAUAAUAAAAUCAUACUUUGAAAAAGUUUGACAAUUUCUCAGAAUGUUAAAGGAGUUAGAAUAUGACCCAGUGUUCCAACCUAGGUAUAUACCCAAGAGAAAUAAAAACAUGCAUUUAUAUAAAAACUUGUACAUGAGUGUUCAUCGCAGCAUUAUUUUUAAUAGCCAAAAAGUGGAAACAACCCAAAUAUCCAGCAAGUGGUAAAUAGAUAAUUAAAAUAUAGUAUAUCCAUACAGAAGAAUGGUAUUUCUUAAUAAGAGGGAACAGAGGACAGACACCUGCUACAAGAAGCAUGACACUCAAAACCAUUAUGUUAAGUGAAAAAAGUCAGUCAGAAAAACUGCAUAUGGUCUGGUUCCUUUUGUAGGAAAUCUGCAGAAAAGCCAAAUCUCAGAAAACAGAUAAAUGAUUGCCUGGGUCUGAGAUGAGGUGGGGGAUGGGGCACUGAUUGCUGAUGCUAUAGGAUUUCUUUUUUUGGAAUGAUGAAAAUGUUGUAAAUUGAGUGGUAAUCAUUGCAUAGUUCUGUAAAUAUUCUAAAACUAUUGAAUUGUACACUUUAAAAAGGUGAAUUUUAAAGUAUGUGAUUUUAUCUCAAUAAAUGUAUUUUAAAUAUUAAAAUCGCCCUUUUCUGGCAGAGAUACUGAGAACAAAGUACUUGUGUACAUUAUUGGUAGAGAUAUGAAUUAUUCCUACCUUUUUAGGAGGCCGAUUAGCAAUGUCUCUUCACAUUUGCUAUACAGAGUUUUUUUUUUUUUUUUUUAUUGUUGGGGAUUCAUUGAGGGUACAUUAAGCCAGGUUGCUAUACAGAGUUGUAAUGGUUUGACUUCCAAUUUUUCAACUUUACUAUGCUGUGAAACUGUAGCGAUUUCAAUGUUAUGUGCAGUAUUCAAUAAAUUACAUGAAUUAUAUAAUUCAAUAAAUUAUAUUCCGUACUUUACUGCAGGCUAAUAUUGUGUCCUGAGCACAUUUAAGGUACACAAGGCUAAGCUUUGAUGUUUGUUAGGAUAGAGAUGUAUUAAAUGCAUUUCAACUUACGAUGUUUUCAACUUAGGAUGAGUUUAUAGGGACCCCAUUAUAAGUAGAAGAGUAUCUAUGAACCUACUCAACAUGAUGGUUCCACUCAUGAGAGUAUAGCCUGUGAUUCU